AUGGGUUUAAUCAGCAAUUCCGAGAUGAAGUGGAUUGUUUUGCAUGGGAAAGAUGUUUCUGAUGAGAACAAAGUGUUGCUUUCACAAGCUGUUGACAUCUUUCAUGGUUACUUCCAACUUUUCUUCAACUGCUUUGAGAAACUACUUGCGUAUCUGAAGGUUAAGAAGAUGGUGGUUCUAGCUGCUGAGGAUGUUGAAUCCAUGUGGAUUCAGAAAUUUGGUUUUGAAAAAGUAACUCAGCUCAGAAUUGACAUCAAUUGCAGCAUUUCAAGGAACAUGUUUGUUAGAAAAGGAGGUGUUGGGGCCUCAAGGUGGAGUCACUUUUCAAGAUGGUUUCCGUUUCAGUCUUUCCUAUGCAGAAGUAAAUUAAGAAAUGAAUGAAUGAGUGAAUAAUAAUAACCUUUUGGUAGAUUUGUGUUCUAUUAAUGGUUAAAACUACAAACAUCCAUCUUGGGAAGAUGGAAGUUUUUACUUUUUAUGUUAUAUGCUUAUAAAUGGUUUGUGGU